UUUUGAUAGAAAACAUUUCUUAUCUUUUCGAAUCAACCUCCUUCUUCUAUUAUGUAUUCAAUUAGCGUGAUUGAAGUAUUCAUAGCCAUCCUUUGCUUUCUUAUCCUCCAUUGCCUCCUCUUCAAGAAACCUCAUGAUCGGUUCCUUAGAAACUGGCCGGUUUUGGGGAUGCUGCCGGGCAUAUUCCUGGUGAUCCACCGUAUCCAAGACUUCGUCGUGGAGCUUCUUGAAAACACUGACUUAACAUUUCCAUUCCAAGGACUGUGCUUCGCUGGAAUGGAUAUGCUGUUCACAGUUGAUCCGGCUAAUGUUCACUACCUAUUGAACUCAAACUUCUCAAACUUCACUAGAGGUUCCGACUUUAAAGAAAUCUUUGAUCUCUUCGGAGAUUCGAUACUCACAGCAGACUCGGAGGAAUGGAAGAAUCUGAGGAAAGCUACUAAGGCCAUUCUCCACCAUCAAGGAUAUCAAAGAUUGUCGAUGAGUACCACGAGAAGUAAAAUCAAGGACGACCUUGUUCCUGUUCUUGAUCAUUUCGCAGAGGAAGGCACCACUGUUGACUUGCAAGAUGUGUUCUGGAGGCUUGCAUACGAUACAACUAUAGUUACCACAACUGGAUGUGACGAUCCAAGAUCUCUCUCCAUUGAAAUGCCAGAGAUUGAGUUCGCCAAAGCUCUCGACAAUAUAGGAGAAGGGCUUAUAUAUAGGCAUGCUAAACCUAGAUUCUUGUGGAAGCUACAAAACUGGUUAGGAGUUGGAAUCGAGAAGAAAAUGACAGAAGCUGGGGUCAUUUUCGAUCGAGUGUGUGCGAAAUACAUAUCAACAAAGAGGGAAGAGAUAAAAAGAUCACAAGGGAUUAAUCAAGACCAUUUUGAGGGAGAGAGUGAAGAUAUUUUGACAUCUUUCAUAAAGCUUGAUAUGACAAAGCACCAACUCUUGAAUCCUAUUAAUGAUAAAUUCCUUAGAGACACAGUCGUAUUUUUCAUGAUUGCUGGGAGAGAUACAACUGCCGCUGCUCUCACUUGGUUCUUCUGGCUUUUGUCCGAAAACCCUAGAGUGGUGACCAAGAUUCGCCAAGAGAUUGACACAAUUCUACCAAGAGGUAGUAGUGGCCAAGAAAGGCCUUCUUAUGAUUCAAUGGAGUUCUUGAACAAGUUACUGUAUUUACAUGGCGCAUUGUGUGAAACAUUGAGGCUUUAUCCACCGGUCCCUAUCGAGCUUGUGUCUCCUUUAAAAUCAGAUUUACUUCCAAGUGGCCAUAAAGUCGAAGAAAACUCGAAGAUUUUUAUCUUUUUAUACGCGUUGGGUAGAAUGAGAGCCAUAUGGGGAGAAGAUGCAUUAGAAUUCAAGCCAGAGAGAUGGAUUUCAGAGACCGGAACGUUGAGACAUGUACCUACCUUCAAGUUCCUAGCAUUCAAUGGCGGCCCGAGAAGUUGUCUAGGUAAACAAAUAGCUAUGAUCCAAAUGAAGACUGUGGUGGUAGAGAUAUUACAAAACUAUGAUAUUAAGGUUGCUAAAGAGCAGAAGACUCAACCAGAUACUAAUGUAAUUCUUAGAAUGAAGCAUGGACUUAAGGUUUCAAUUAGUAAGAGAUGAGGAAAAAAAAAAUCUUUAAUAAA